GUUAAUAUGAUCAAACAAUCUAGAUUUUCUCCAGUAUUCAUAUAAUCAUAUAUUUUAGGUCAAUUAAUCAAGAUAUCAAAAAUAAAAUGAUCUCGGUUUUAGCUCAUUUUAAAUCACUACUUAGAUGAAUAAACGACAAUUAUCAGAAUUCAGAAAGGAAGUUAGAAAUAAUAUAUUAAAUCGUGAACCAUUUCUUGAACAUUAAGAUAAACCAAAUCUUUAUUUAGGAAAUUGGGGAAAACCAGAAAGACUUAAUCUGUAAUAAUUUUUUAUAUUUCAGUGAACCAUUAACAUCAAGAAGAACACCAAGUAGUAAAAUCCCAGGAGGAUUAAAUUUUGAUGAAAUAUUGUAAUUUAUUACAUAUAUAUCAUAGUACUAAUAAACGAUUAGAAAAUUAAUCUAGAGCUGUUUCUUUAAGUAAAUUAUACCAAGUUGAAAAAGCUCCUUUAAAAUAAAAUAAAGUUGAUACUUUUUUUGAUAAUACAUUUACUUAACAUUCUAGGAUUAAUACAUUAGGAUCUGGAUAUAAAGAAUCUCCAUUAAAAUCAUAAUAAAAGUUAGAGAGAUUUAAAAGUUGGGAUACUAAAUUAGAUGUUCAAUUAAAACUAUAAAAUAAAGCUAUUACAAAUAAAGUUCUUGGAGAAUAACCAUCAUUUUAUAAAUAUAUUAAUGAAACUAAAUAAGGAUUAUUCGAUCAAGAUUAUACUCCUACACUUUAAGUGAGAAAUAAAAGCAAUCUUAGAAACUAAAAAUAAUUUUAAGAUAUUUACAAUUUAACUCCAAAAUAAAAUCAGUCACGCUCACCUUAGUUUACAAAUAAAAACAUUGAAAAAAUUCCAUUAACAGAUAUUGUUAGAAUGGCUUCACAUUUUUCUUCAUUAUCCACUUAAGAAAUUAAAAGUGUUUCUUCUGGAUACUUUUAAGAACUCAUUAAUUUAUAAAAUUCUUUAUAAAGAAUGAUUAAACUCGGUACAAAUAUUUAUUGA